AUGAGUUCUCAAGAUACUAUUCCAGACGAUACAUUGUACCAAUCCGGUAAUAAGAGCAAGGAACAGCCUGGCAAAUUCACCUCGCGCGAGACCAAAGAAGCAGCCUCACACACCAACGCUAAGCGCAAGCCUGAGGAGAGUCAUACCGAAGUGGUAGAUUUCUUGGAGGAAUUGAAAAAUAUAAAGGGGCAGCUAGAACAUACAUUAGGUAAUGUAGAAGACUUGGUAUCUCGUCUCCAAGAAGCGACCGAGCAACACACUCAUAAGACAUUGCCUAUGAGCGGCAAGCUCGUUAGAUGGGCAGAUAGUACUGGUACCUACAGCGCUAAACACGAUAUACAUCGCGCUAGGAAAAAAGCACUUCCUACCUCAGAUUUUCUUGUGGGUGCUUAUUGGGAGGACUUGGCGGAACGUUGGGAAAGCAUAAUCAAGCUCUCUAAUGACGACGACACUAUUGGCUUUGUGCUUUUGCUAAAUGCACUAUAA